CGCCGUGUAUAUAAGAGGCGAGCAGCAGUUGUGUUGGCGGUGUCUACGCUGCAAGCCCGUAGGAUGAAGGUGUUCCAGCUGCUACGGUUUCUGGCUCUGGCCGUGUCUGCUGGGUGGGCGGCCAAGCUCCCCCUGGCCACCCAGAGCGUCCCGGACAUCAAUCAGGGAUCGGAUCUCUCGCUGUCAGUGCCUGCCCAACCUUCAGGACUCUAUGGAACACCGCUUAAACCAUUCCAGCCUCCCGCAGGAGCUUCAGCUGAAUUCGGGGCUUCCCAUGAAGCAGGUCCAGGCGCUAUCCAACAACCUCCAAGUAUCCACGAAACUCCCGGUGAUUCUCUUCAAGGUUCUGACCAUCAUCCUCCCUCCUUUGGAUCUCCAUCUGAUUUAGUUCAAGUUCCUGAUGUGCCCUCUGGCCUGUACGAGACUCCCCUUGGACAAUUCCCAGGUCCUGGUGAUACUCCAGCCACCUCUACAACUCACCAUCAGACGCCACCUCUCCUCGCCGGACCCACACACCAGGUCGGGUCUCCGAGCGGAUCAGUACAAACCUUUUCUUCAGAAUAUAUAACUCCAGAUGAACCAAUUUCAGGUCUCGUUCAACCGGCUUCUUUGGUCGAGACUCCCGGUAUAACACAUCCAUCUUCUGCAGAACAGGGAGGUCCAGGUCCCAUUUUACCCCCGAGUUUCCUGCAAACACAGAGUGAACUCGUUCAGUCUUCUGUGGAACAUGAAGCUUCACCUGUGGUGGUGUCAGGUCCUGCUGGGCCCUUAGACGUGUUUGCAACAUCCAGCGACCAAGGUCAGUCUUCUGUAGAACACGGGACUUUAGAUCACGCAGUACCAGUCCCAAUUAUACCUUCAGGACUAUAUGAAACACCCAGUGCUUCAAGCCCUAUUGUACCGACAGGCUCGUUCCAGGGGCCCAGCAAACCACAUCAGCCAGCUGUAGAAUUUGGAUCUCCUGAUCAGGCAGCUUCAAGCCCUAUUGUACCGACAGGCUCGUUCCAGGGGCCCAGUGAACCACAUCAGCCAGCUGUAGAAUUUGGAUCUCCUGAUCAGGCAGCUUCAAGCCCUAUUGUACCGACAGGCUCGUUCCAGGGGCCCAGUGAACCACAUCAGCCAGCUGUAGAAUUUGGAUCUCCUGAUCAGGCAGCUUCAAGCCCUAUUGUACCGACAGGCUCGUUCCAGGGGCCCAGUGAACCACAUCAGCCAGCUGUAGAAUUUGGAUCUCCUGAUCAGGCAGCUUCAAGCCCUAUUGUACCGACAGGCUCGUUCCAGGGGCCCAGUGAACCACAUCAGCCAGCUGUAGAAUUUGGAUCUCCUGAUCAGGCAGCUUCAAGCCCUAUUGUACCGACAGGCUCGUUCCAGGGGCCCAGUGAACCACAUCAGCCAGCUGUAGAAUUUGGAUCUCCUGAUCAGGCAGCUUCAAGCCCUAUUGUACCAACAGGCUCGUUCCAGGGGCCCAGUGAACCACAUCAGCCAGCUGUAGAAUUUGGAUCUUCAGGUGAGGUAGAUAGAGCCCCUGAUGUGCCAUCUGGUCUGUAUGAAACACCAAGUGCAGCUGUGUCAUCUCCUGAUCAACCUUCCCCAUCACUCGGGACUCCUUCGGGUAUAAUAUCAGGUCCACCAGAACCCUCAAGUGUGUUUGAUACAUCCGUCGAACAAAUUCAUGCAGUCCCAGUACAACCUUCUUCAAUAGUUGACACUCCAGAUGGCUCCUUUUCGCACCCGAUAGAACUUUCAAAGGGGAGUGAGGGACUGUCGUUUCCCGUCCCAGCUGCGCCUUCGGGUCUGUAUGAAGUUCCUCUAAUUCCAGGUCCUGAGACGCCAACCAUCUUCCAACCGAGUCACAACAUGCCAAUUAUCUUCCCUGGUGGUGCUCCCGGCAUUAUCGAAGGCCCAUCCCAAGCAGCUCCAAUCCCCGCCCAACCUUCCACUUUGUAUGGAGUUCCUGAAGUUCCUUCUGGUCUGUAUGAAACACCUAAGGGGCGAGGAAAAGCGAUGUUCUUGAUCGACGAAGUUCAAUCAGAACCCGUAAAGGCGCAGUCGUUGUUUUAUGAAGCAUCUGCUGAUGCCAACACCCCAGUCCUCUCUGUCGCUCAGCCUAUGGAAGGAAUGCCAUACGAUUUUUCAUGGGGCGUGGAAGACAGCGCGUCUGGCAACCUCUUCACACAUAGAGAGAACAGUGACGGCCAGAGCACGAACGGCCAGUAUCGGGUCACCCUUCCUGACGGACGUGUUCAGGUGGUAACGUUCUACGACAAUGGCGACGGCUUCCAUACUGACAUCUCCUACGAAUGAAGACUACGAUUGACAUUUCCCUGACGAAUGAAACCCACAAGCGAUAGUUUCUGCUACAAGUAAUGUUUUCCCUUCAAGUGUUUUCAUUGAUAUUUGUUUUCUUUUUAGUCGUAAUGUUUCCCCUAACUGGAGAGAAAGAAGGUAUUUAAUUGGCUUGCUUUAGUUACGUUAAGCGGACAACAAAGUUAUCAAUUGGGUUGGGUUUUCUUUUCUCCAGUUAAAACAGAUUUGCUUUUAAAAAUAUGUAUAGCGGUUUGAUGUGGCUCUAUUUCUCUGUAUAAUAUUAAGUUAUCAUGGUGCUUUGUGCUGUAUAAUACUCUUAACUAAGUAAUCACGGACAAAAAUAUAUUAAAAAGAACAUUAUAUCUGUUGUUAGCUGUAAGUAAAGGGACUGUGCGAAAGGUUUUCUACUGUUUGUUCAAAUUAUGUGUCGAAAAGUGCAAAUAUCUUCGUGUUGUGGAAUGUAGUUUCUUACACAAACUAUUUACUGUACAUAUUUAUUAAAAAAUACAUAAAUAUG